AUGAGCGUUCCGUACACCUGUGUGCCCAUCCUGCCCCACUUUGGCGCAGAGGUUCGGGGCUUUUCCUUGGAUGGCCAUGAGCCGCUUGCAGCAGACGUCGUGCAGAGGAUCAAGGAGGACAUGAAGAUCCACAGAGUUUUGGUCUUCAAAGGUCAAGGCCGAAUCAGUGGAGAAAGACAGGUUCAGCUGUCGCAGCAGCUGGGCACUAUUGAGAGCACUUUCUACAAGCAUCCCAGGAGUCCGCAUCCCGACAUCUUCCGUGUCUCCAACGAUGAAAGGGAAGGCUGCGUUGGAGUGGGGAGGACCGGGUGGCAUCUGGAUGGCACCUUCCAAGCACAGCCCUUCAAGUACCAGACCAUGCACUUCCACAGCGUUUGUCAGGGUGGGGAGACGUGGUUCGUUCCCCUCAAAGAGUUCUAUGAGAUGCAGGAUGAUGAAACAAGGGCUCGCUGGGACAGAUAUUGGAUGGUCACUCGGGAGGAACUUGCGCAUCCUCUGGUCUACCGCCACCCGGUGCGACAGGAUACCACAAUGAUGUUCCACUGCGGCGCUCAUUUUUGCCGUGCAUGGUGUGUGGAUGGAGAUGCCGCUGCGCCAGCUGAGAGGCGGCCGCAGCACAUGCUGCCCGGGAACGUGGUGCAGGACGAGCUCAGUGAGGCGCUGGACAGAGCGGUUGAUAAGAUCGGCAUCAAGAUGCGCUGGGAGGCCAUUAUGCAUCCCCUGGCACCCAGAAUCCGAAGAGCAGAGCUGGGCUCAGGCAACCGAGUCGAACUGCCUUCGCUGCCCAGCUCAGGUGCCAUGGCGGAUGGGCAAGUUGUUACCGCGGCGUAUGCGCCCAUGGAUGCGGGCCUAAAAGCUGCAAAUGCAGAAAUUCGUCGAGGCUUCGUGCAGAAAGUGCAUCUUGCCUGCAUGUCUGAAGGUGCACGAGGGCACCUGGGCGGCAACCGCUGGGCCGCGCGGCGCCUGAUGGACAAGUUUUCUCAUUGUUCUGUUCAAGGGUCUAAAGUUGAUUUUGUCUCUUCUGUGACAGUUGCCCAAUAUUUCCUGCUUGCUACGAGCUACAUGCGCUUCGAUGGGACUUCCCUUCAUUCCUUGCAUGUCUGGGGCCUGCCCCGACCGAGGAUCCAGCCUGGCUGCGAGGUGGUCGAGCUUGGUGGCAACAUGGUGGGGGCCAUGACGGGCGAGCAGUUCGAGGCUGCCAUGAGCCAGAGGCCCUUGCGGAUACGCGUGCUGCCCCCGAAUGCUGCCGUGUGGCAGCAAGUCGCACACUUCCAGAAGCAGGUGGUGCGGCUCAGUUUUCAGAAGGUUUUGCUGCAGAAGGCAUUGCGUGAUGAACACGACAACCUCAAAAAGGAGCUCGGUAUAGACAGCGAUGUGGAGGCCAAGCAAAAGGCGCGAGCCAGCUUAGCUCGUGCAGACAUUGCCGGCCAAAGGACGCAGCUAGAGCGACGGAAGCAGGAGGUUGCAAAGCAGGAAGCCGAGCUGGAGACAAAGCGCGAACAAGCCGCUGCCUUCGAUCAGGAGACGCAGACACGCAGGAAGGCUUUAAAGGCAGACAUGGCCCAUCUCGCCUCCCAGCAAGCAGAACUGGAGAAGGCUCGGCAUGACUUCGACACCAUGCGCAAGACGAAGAAGCUCGAAGCUCUGGAGAAGGAGCGGCAGCUGCUCUCAGCCGAGCGCACGGAACUUGAAGCGAAGAGGGACGAGGUGCUGGUGGAACAGAGUGAGCGCGAGGACCUGGAUGCAGAGUGGCAGCGCCUGCGAGAGGAGCGCGAGGAGUUUUUGUCACAGAAGGCCGAACUGGAGUCGUUCGUUCAGAAGGCUCAAGGUCAGUUUCGUGACCUCGAUGAGGAGCGAUUGGCCUUGGCACGCUCACGCGAGGAGCUUGAGGACGAUGUCAUGCAAAUGUCACAAGCGAAAUCUGAACUGCAGGCGCAGCGCAGCCGCGAUGCAGCGUUCCACGAAAACUUGGAGAAAGAGGCCCUGGCUUUCAAGGAAGCUUGCAACACGACGAGGAUGGAGCUGGAAGCAGAGCGCAUGAAGCUGCAGACUCAGCAGCAGACGCAGCAGUCGCAGCUUCAGAAGGAGAGGGAGGAGUUCAAAGCCAAGUGCAAGCAUGCCCUGCAGCAGCUUGAAGCCAGAAAGCGCCAGCUUUUGCAACUCCAAAAGCAGCUGGCGGCGGAGAAGUUAGCUGCAGAACAGGCUCGCAAGGAUCAAACGGAUCAAGCAGAGCAGACGCAGCACAAAGAGCAGAAAGAUGAGGCGACUCAGGUCGAGGCAUGCGCCGUUGUCACCGUCGAGGCAUGCGCCGUUGUCACCGCCGAGGCCUGCGCGCAGGCCUGCCCUGAGAGCUCCGAGGUGCAGGUGCAGACGGUGCAGACGCUUCAGACGGUCUCCAGGACCUUGCCCGGAACCGAGGUCGGUGGAGAACGUGGAGAACACGACCCCACGCUGCAUCCAGCGCAGGGCGCUUGGCUCGAAGACAAAGCGGCCCAGGAUGUCGGGAGCCGUGGCCGCGUCACCACGGAGGUGCUGAUGGAUGCUGACCGUCUUCGUGCCGUGGAUCUUACAGCACACGUCCACACCUUGCUCCAAGCCCGCAAGGUGGAUGCACACUGCAUGCGGAACUUGAGCCAGCUCCUGCAGGACAUGGUCCGGUCACCACGGGAGGGCAGUGAGCUCCCCUCCGAGUCGGCCUCCACAAGCAAGCUGAAGCAGAAAGGAUCCGAUGUUCGGAGCUUCCGAGCUCUGAGGCCACAGUCGGAGUCUCCACGGCCUCGUCCCCUCUCGAAAGACUCGAAGGAGCGGCCCUGGCGUCCGGUCGGACACCGGCCAGGCCCCGCAAGCCCCGCGAGCCCAGCGAGCCCAGCAAGCCCUGCUCCGCAAGAGCUUCCCCGCCACGAGGGGGUCGCCAAGAAGGCGCUGGCGCAGACGGCUGACGUCCGAAGGCUGCUGGCGGAGGAGCUCAGGAAGCCGAAGGAGUUCAGAAACACCUCCAGGUCACAGUCGAAGCCCCGCCAGGACCUCCUGCGGUCUGCUUCCCGGGCCAAGGCUGAGCGGCCCUUUGGAGCCUCCUUCGGCUCCGCUGCGCCGGCUGCGCGGAAGUCGUACGGCAUCCUCUCAGCCCAGCUCCUGCUGACGAUCGCAGUGGCGUAUCCUUUUGCCUGCAUGGAUGAGCAGCUUUUGAAAAAGUACGAGUGGAUCCCCAUACUGUCUCUGUGCGUUCUUGUUGGCUUUGCUUGCGUGAUGCGUUGCGCGAGAGAGACUAUGCGAACAUUCCCGACGAACUACAUCUGCCUUGCAGUCUUCACCGCUGCCUUCGGCGUCACUACCGGGCUGGCUUGCCGACAAUACUCGGCACCAGUCAUCUUCGCUGCGAUGGGCAUUACGGCAGUGUUGUUCCUGCUGCUGACAGCAUACGCAUUUGUCGCGAAGACGGACUUCACCGGGUACGCGCCGUACCUGUUCAUGGCUCUCUGCGUUAUGGUCCUCGUGAGCUUUUGCUUUGCCAUCCUGUCCAUGUUUGGCAUCUUCCUACCCAUGAUGCAGAUGGUCUACAGCGCAGUUAGUGUGCUUCUCUUCUCCUUCUUCAUCAUCUUUGACACACAGCUAAUGUUGGGUCAGUGGGGAGGCCACGAACUCGAAUUUAGCAUUGAUGACUACGCCUUCGCUGCCAUGAACCUGUACCUCGACAUCCUCAAUCUCUUUCUCAACAUUCUGCAGCUGCUCGGGAGCAGAGAUUCAUAG